AUGAUCUUCGCGAAAUUCGUACUCACAGCACAACUCCUUGCUGUUGCCACCGCUCAGACAACCGACACUUGCUUCUCGGGCAGUGUAACGGUAGCCAGUGUCCUCACAGCCUGCAACUACCUGAGUUCAGCAUAUCAAUCUUGUAACACCAAGACUGGGUCUGCACUUGACGCCUGCGUGUGUCGGCAAGACGUGUUCGCGGCGAUAUACGACUGCGAAAGCGAGGACCGGGAGUGUUACGACUCAUAUGUCUUCGACGAGCCGAAUCAGUAUGUGCUCGGAAAUUGGAGUCUGCAGUGCGAUACAUACACCACUUCAGCUUUCUCGACACCGACACUGAGAACGCCGACCACCACUAUCGUCCUGCCAGCCAGUAGCAACACAAAUGCAUGUUCAAGCAUCGAAUCCGUGUGCGAGACAGCUUACUCAAUUGAGGACUGCUACACCCAGUUUCCUGCGGCGUCGCAAACCGCACAAUUCAAGAGUUGUGCCUGCAGGCCAGACUUCUACUCGGCAGCAUCCGUCUGCGAGUAUGACGGCAACAUAACUUGCUUCUCGCGACCGGCGACACUGGCGAGCAUUGACUUAUGGCAAGCCUGUGGGAUUACCGCACUUCCAGGAGCCACGGAUACCGCUGUCGUUACCGUCCCCCUUGGGACAUCAACCACAGAGACUUCCAUCACACCGGCACCCAAGAGCGUGACAGCGUCCUCCGCCAGUGCAACAACAUCAUCUGCGAGUGCAACAUCGUCCAGCGGCUCUGCCCACCACUUCGCACCUGGCGGAUGGCAGGUCGCAGCGGCUCUGGUUGCCUCCUUUGGGCUUUCCUCUCGUGUGUGGUGA